UGGAAUAAAAUCUUACGAUCAUCUUUCCCUCAUGUUAUUGAUCGUUGUAGUGUUGCUGAAGCUCUUGCAAAAGCUGAUCUGGCGACUUCUAGUCUCAUUGUUGGAAUUGAUUUCUCGAUUAGCAACACAUGGGCAGGUCGACGUUCCUUCAAUGGUAGAAGCCUGCAUCAAAUUGGAGAUGCUCAAAAUCCCUAUGAACAGGUUCUCUGGCUUACUGGAAGAACCUUGGCUUAUAUGAAGGAUAAGCUGAUUCACUGCUUUGGAUUUGGAGAUGCAUCUACACAAGAUCAGAACGUCUUCAGCUUCCGCGAAGACAAGUUACCAUGUAAUGGACUUUUAGAAGUAUUAACACGAUAUAGAACUAUCGCGUCGAAUCUGAAACUGGCAGGACCAACCUCAUAUGUUGCAAUCAUAGGAAUGGCUAUGGCUAUUGCUGGAAAAAAUGUUGGCAAACAUCAUGUUUUGUUGAUAAUUAGCGAUGCGCGGAUGACGAGGAGUGUCGAUACUGAUUCCGGCGAACUAAGCUGGUUUGAGCAAAAGACUGUCAAUGCAAUUGCUAAAGCAAGGGAGUAUUCGUUGUCAAUUAUUGUAGUUGGAGUUGGGGAUGAACCACCCUCCAUGGUGCUCAGCUGUCGUGAGAAUAGUUAUCUUCGUGCUUAUGACAAUUUCAAGUAUGUGAAUUUUACAGAAACCAUGUCAAGAGAUGCUCAUUUAUCCAGUAAAGAGAUUGAGUUCGCUCUUGCAGCUUUCAAGGAAAUCUCCAAGCAUAAAAACACCAACAAACGAAAAUUAUUGGGCUUUUCGUGCAAGGAAGUAGGCUCAGCAAGAGUCCCAAUUCUUCCACCUAUUCCAGCUUCCCUUGUCUCAAAAUCUUGCCUUACCAUACAUGAUAAAGGUGGUCCCUGGUUUGAUCGAGUAGAACAUGAAAGUCCAAUCAGUAUGAUUAGCGAUUACGAAGGUGUAAUCCACAUCGGCCAUUUUCCAGUGCCUGCAAGUUUUGCAGCAUUGUAUAAGAGGAUUUGGGAAAAGCAUGGGCAUCUAGUAACACGCAAUAUCAUCAAAACAUCAACUCUGACCUUAGCGUCGCAGAAUUAUUGAAGUCCAUAGCUGCCAUGCAAACUGUGAAGAGGGACGAAUUUUCUGUUGCUCUUCUUGGUAAGUGGGAUAGGCAGAUUGCAGAUGCUGAAGCGCUUCAAUUUAACGUGCAAUGGCUUAAGAGGAAUUUUGAAAAUGUUAAAAAGAGCUGGGAGACUGAAUCAUUGUUGAGGAACUUUCAAAUAACUCGAGAGAAGGAAAAGGUUGCUGCUUUAGAGAAAGGUCAACUGCAUGCGCAAAACGUGAUGCUCUCAGGGCACGACUUUUAGAGGCGGAGAAGGAAGUAGAGCAAGCGACAUCAGAAGUGAAUAGGCGUGAAAAUGCUAUUUUAAGAGAUGCCAUGACAAGAGGACGUUAUGCAUCCUUCCUUCAAAAGUCUUUCCUAGAGGAUGCCUUGUGAUUUAAUCUUUAAAAAAAAUUUGUCUUAUCAUGGCAGAACCUGCCCUUAAAUAUCCAUCUUCUGCUUCGCUUUUGUUUCACGAGGGGUU